UAUACCGCUCCGAUUUUCGAAGGUUUAUUUCACGUCAAAACUGUAAAAGUUCCUGGGAGAAUUUACAGACAAAACAUCUGGUUCGUUAAAACAAAGCUACCGGAAAAAGAGAAACAAACUUCGCUGCUGUGCAAAUGCACUUUUAGCAAACAAUUUGCCUCCUGGGUCGGGCCUGGCCCCUGGGUCCAAAUCCUACGCGCUUUGGCAGGCGCCGAGGUCCCGGGCCCAAUUCCUGGUUGAGCUGUGCAGGUGGCAGCGGUCAGGACUUGCUCCUGCCUAGCCCAGUUUGCGGUGAGGAGGAGUGUGAAAGGGGCCAGAGCGCCUGCGUCCCAGGCGGGCACGUGCAGGACAGCACUCCCCAGCAUUGCGACUUCCCCAGGAAUUGCUGAGUAGGCACAGGGCUCCCCAAAGGCUCGCCACUGGGCCAGGUGCCCUCACACUUCGAAAUGGGGUGCAGGCUUCCUAAACGUACUGCGCAGCGUGCCGUCCCUCCAGGCGGCCCGCGCCUCCCUCAGAGGCACUGAGAACCCCUCUCCAAGGUCUGGCUUUAGGCCCCCUGGGCUUCUGGGCCCCCCGCCUACCCUGGCUGCCCUGGGCCGGCAGCUUCAAGGAUGCCUUCUUUCCCGAAGUCUUUUCCCUUCCGGCCAUUCCAAAUGAGGACACACUUCAUUCUGCCCGACUUGGGUCCGGCGGCGGGCUGUCACCCAUGCCCUCAAUCGCACCUGGAACACAACCUCGGCUGCCUCCCGGCGGUGGCCCGCCAGCUCCUUCCCAAGCGCGAACUUCCAGACUCCCCGCGCGGUGCGCAGAGGCCGGAAUCCCUGCCCUUGCACCGCACACUCCUUUCGAGCCAUGCCUGCGUAUACCCCCACCCCACUUCUCCAAGUCGUCCCGGUGGGGGGUGGGGUAGCCGAGGGCAGGAACGCCCCCGGGAUGGGAUGGAUCCGCGCAGGUAGGCCCGGGCGCAGCGGCCUGGGGCUCCUUGAGUUCUGAGCUCUGGAGUCGGGUUUCUAACCCCUGACCUGAAGAAGCGGAAUUUGGGAGCAUCUGUCUGCAACAGGACUCAGCGCCCCGCUGCAGAGUAGGAGCGGGGUUCUACCGGGCCCCAGGCGCAAUCUUGGGGGUCAGGAGUUGUCGUCAUGGCCCCUGGGGACUUUCUGGGCUCUUCGCACCCAGCUGCGAAUUGAGCCACCUGGCAGCCACAGCAGCCUCAGCUUUUCCCUACGGACUUUUGCCACCGAACCUUUCCGUGCCUCCCCAUGGUCCCUCAGCUACUUUUAUUUUUAGAGAUGUAAGCAAUUAUUCUCAGAAACGCGGUACUUCCUGGAGGUGGGAGCAUCUAACUGGCUUAAGGGGGUUACUUUUUGCGUGACUCACGCAGCUAAGUAGUUACCAGGUGUUUGUGCGGGGCGGAAGCCUGUUGUUUGCUUUUCAAAGGAAUGGUCCCUGCAACUCUUCAGAGUGGGGUGCUGAGAUUUCUACACACUGUAAUCUCCAGAAUUUAGCUUCUCCGCCGGGCGCGGGCUUUUCCGCCCUCUAGUCUAGCGUGCAAACGGCUCGGCCGCUGGAUGUAGUGCACGAAGCCCGCACCCUACAGCGCGGCCCGUCCUUCCCGCAGGAAGGAGCCCCAGCGAGCGCCGCCGCGGCCGACUCUGGCCUCCUCCGGAACCGCGCAGACCUGAGCACUCGCCGGAAAGCGGUUCAUGUAUCCCUUAGACCUCUAGACUCGCGGAACGAAUCGACGCACAGGUGUUGACCCGCUUGUGUAGUUGACUUUGAACGGCAGAACUCAGUAGGCACCCGGAGAGAAAUAUUUGCAGUAGGAAUAAAGUCAGAUAAAAUGCCAGGGACAGCCGCCCAGCAGAUGUUCCAGCAAGAGGUCCUUACCCUAAAGUUCCUGGGAGGGCAGGACAAGCCUUUGGCUUGGACAGAACUGAUCAGAUGAUGCGGGACAUAUGUGAAGCUGUCUGUCUUCUGGUCCCUUUGCGGGUGGGGAGACGGUGAGGAAAAGCAAAAAGCAGAAGCAGGGGAACGUGCCACCAGCACUGGGGUCUGCACUCUGCCCCGCAACUCUGCAAAGCACUGGCUUCUCCAAUGUGUGGCCCUGCCUUUUCUCCCUCAGUUACAUGUGAAUUACAGACUUCCUGCCGCCCAGACACUAUUUCUCCCUGAAUGGAGCCCACGGGUCUUCACUGGGACCUGUGUUUUCUGCCCUCCUCACAGUGAGGACACUGUGAGGCAAUGUUGCACAGCAGCCAGGCGGGGCCUGACAAAGUUUUAGCUUGAGACCUUCUGGCUAAGACCUGCUUGGCGACCUGCCUGACUCGGCCCUGCUGAAGUGGAUUUAAGCCAUGGCGUUCAGGUAGCUUCCGGGUCUCUACUGUGCUUGCUGUGGAUUUGGGAAGCCUUCCUUCUCUCCUAGGCCACACCCAAUCCACAGAAAAGGGGCAGAACUUGCUGGAAUGCAAGGGUUAGGCUGACACUGUCCUCCUGCAUCUAUCCCAUCCCUAGAAUAGCCUGCACAACUAAAGAGUCAUGUUUAGCGGUCCCAAUAUUACAGGAGGUGCUUGUGGCUAAAAGAUCCCCCCAGUAGGGAUCAGGGUUCCAAGCUGUGCCAAGCCGGGCCCGAACCCCGUUUGCGUGUCCAGGCAAGGCAGCGCGGUCGCGGUAUGCACACCAAAUAGCCCGCGUUGUGCGUGACGGGCCGUCGCGGCGAUGUGCAGCUCAUUGACACUGAUGGAUGCGCCAAUGGUUGGACGGACAGAUGAUGGGGCGGAUCGCACUGCGCGCGGCGCCUGAGCCGGUGAGGGCGAGGCAGCGAUCGAGCGGUGUCUGCCGGCGGCUAGGAGGCUGGAGCUCAGGCCGCGGCUGGCAGGGGGAGGAGGCUAAGAGAACAGGUUUGGAGAGCAGCACAAGGAAGGAAAGGAGGAGAGGGAAGCAGGAGCCAGGGCGAAACUCUCAGCCUUCCGUGCGCGGCGCCCAGCGCCCCGCACUCAUUACGACGGGUGCGCUUAAGUGUCGAGCUCGGCGCAGGGAAGGUGAGCAGUGGGAGGGCUGGAACUGACCUCCCGCGGUGACUACCCUCCUUCAGGCAAGAGGUGCUCAGUGCCACAACAAGAAUCCUAGAAUCCUGAGGCCGCAGGCGGCAUCUGCCAACUCACCGUUUCCUCCUUCGCAAGAAGCGUUUCACGCCCCACGGCCGCGUCUCCCUGGCCUGGAGGGACGGUCGCUUUGGCCACUGCGGCCGCGGGCACCAACUGCACGCCGCGCCCCCGCCCCUGAGCCCGCCGCACAUGGCCGGGCCCGGAGUCCAGCCGCAGCCUAACUCCGACUCCCCGCAACCGCCCCGGGUCCGCAUCCCGCAACUCUGCGCGCUCCUGCGCGCGCCAAGGCGCAGGAGGCUGCUUUAUAGCACCGGAGGACGGCGGCGGCACAUCUGCAUUCAGGAAGGCGUCUGGACCCAGCCCAAGCCCACAGGCUGGGGGCAAGCGGAGACUUUUGAUCUUACCGUCAGGGUGAGAUCACGGUCUCCUUGUCUAAAAGAAAAGAAAGCAUGCCUGUGAACUUUCAAAACAAACUUGCAAAAACAAUCACAAAGGAAAAAUAAAGAGGAGAAGGAGCAGAGGAAGAGGGAGAAAGAGACUAAAAAAGAAACAUGGGGGGGGGGUGGAUGGAAAGAAGGAAGGAAGGAAGAAGGCCAGGGUUUGCAGCUCCGAGAGCGCUCAGGCAGCCAGUCCCAGGGCGUGGGGCUCCAGCCCUCGCUGGGACUAUCGGACGCAGGGCCCAGGGGAGUCCCUGGGCCCCAGCGGCGAGCCCAGGAGGAGCGCUGCCUCGGGGACCAUGGGUCUGGCGCGGCCCCCGCGCCCCCGCUCCCGCCGCCUAGCUGCGCCGGGAGCCGGCCCCGCCAAGGCCGCCCCAUUCCCGGCCCAAGAGCUGGCCCAGGGAGACGCAAUCGAGCCCGCAGCGCAUCGAUGCGCCGCCGCCCGCGCCGCUCCGGCUCCUGCUCCCGCUCAGCGGCCGCCGCCCGGGGGUCGUCCCAGUGAGCUCCAGCCCACCCUCGCGGCCGCCACUUGCCUGUUGCCGACGCCGCCGCUCCAGCCGCGCCGCGGGCAGAAGACUGGACCGCUGAGCCCCGGGCCGCGGCGGCGGCUGAGCGCACCCCCGAUGCCGUGACCCCCUGCCCGGGGGCGGGGGCCCGGGCUUCGCUGGUCGGGGCCGCUCCCGCGCUCCUCCUCCCACCCUUCUCCCCGCCUUCUCCCCCUCUCCCCGCCCCCCGGCCCCGAACCCGGCGCACCUCGUCUGGGGACGGGGCGGGGGGGGGCAGGGCUGCCGCUCCUCCCCGCCCCCUCCUCCUCCGGCCUCUGGAGCGAUUUGUCAAACUUCCCAUUCCGCCGGCAGCGCGGUCCUCCUCCUCCUCCUCCUUCACCACCUCCUCCUCCUCUGCCUCCUCCUCCCCCGCGCUCCUCCCUCCCCGCGCCUCCCUCGCCCGCCCUCCUUCUUCCCUCCGCACGUUCGGGGAUCGCGGCGGAGCGCGGAGCGGGGGGGACGCGGAGAGCCGGGGCGCAGCAGCAUCCUGCGGGCGGCCGCUCUCCGGGGGGGAGGCUGAGAGCCGGCCCGCCUGGCCCCCCGCGGGCCCGCCGCCCCUCCCUCCCUCUCCUCAGCCCGGCAGCGGCGGCGGCGGCGGCGGCGGCAGUGGCAGUCGCCGGAGGAGCAUCAUGCCGAGGAGGAAGCAGCAGGCGCCCCGGCGCGCAGCAGCCUACGUCUCAGAUGAGUUAAAGGCUGCGGCGCUGGUAGACGAAGAUCUAGACCCGGAAGAGAGCCCGGCAGAUGGGGAGCCCUCGGCCAAGUACAUGUGCCCGACAAGGAGCUCAGCAAGACCUGCCCCAGCUACCAGAACUCCCCGGCGGCUGAGUUCUCCAGCCACGAGAUGGACAGCGAGUCCCACAUCAGUGAGACCAGUGACCGGAUGGCUGACUUCGAGAGCGGCUCCAUCAAGAACGAAGAGGAGACCAAGGAGGUGGCGGUCCCGCUGGAAGACACGACCGUGUCGGACAGCCUGGAGCAGAUGAAGGCCGUGUACAACAACUUCCUGUCCAACUCCUACUGGUCCAACCUCACCCUCAACCUGCACCAGCCCUCCUCCGAGAAGAACAACGGCAGUAGCAGCAGCAGCAGCAGUAGCAGCAGCAGCUGCGGCAGCGGGAGCUUCGACUGGCAUCAGAGCGCCAUGGCCAAGACCCUGCAGCAGGUGUCCCAGAGCCGCAUGCUGCCAGAGCCCAGCCUGUUCAGCACGGUGCAGCUGUACCGGCAGAGCAGCAAGCUCUACGGCUCCAUCUUCACCGGGGCCAGCAAGUUCCGCUGCAAGGACUGCAGUGCUGCCUACGACACCCUGGUGGAGUUGACGGUGCACAUGAACGAGACGGGGCAUUACCGCGAUGACAACCACGAGACCGACAACAACAACCCCAAGCGCUGGUCCAAGCCUCGCAAACGCUCGCUGCUGGAGAUGGAAGGGAAGGAGGACGCCCAGAAGGUGUUGAAGUGCAUGUACUGCGGCCACUCGUUCGAGUCUCUCCAGGACCUGAGCGUCCAUAUGAUCAAAACGAAACACUACCAAAAAGUGCCUCUGAAGGAACCCGUCACUCCCGUCGCCGCCAAAAUCAUCCCCGCCGCUCGGAAGAAGGCGUCGCUGGAGCUGGAGCUGCCCAGCUCCCCGGACUCCACCGGCGGCACCCCCAAAGCUGCCCUGGCCGACACGAACGACGUGCUUCAGAAGAACUCCAACCCGUACAUCACGCCAAAUAACCGCUACGGCCACCAGAACGGGGCCAGCUACGCCUGGCACUUCGAGGCCCGCAAGUCCCAGAUCCUCAAGUGCAUGGAGUGCGGCAGCUCGCACGACACGCUGCAGGAGCUCACGGCCCACAUGAUGGUGACUGGCCACUUCAUCAAGGUCACCAACUCGGCCAUGAAGAAGGGGAAGCCCAUCAUGGAGACGCCCGUGACGCCCAGCAUCACCACCCUGCUGGACGAGAAGGUCCAGUCCGUGCCCCUGGCUGCCACCACCUUCACGUCCCCCUCCAACACGCCCGCCAGCACCUCCCCGAAACUCACCGCCGAGGUCAAGAAGGAGGCGGACAAGGAGAAGGGGGUCGCCGAGGAGAAGCCCAAGGAGAAGGAGAAGGCCUGCGAGGAGGAGGAGAAAUAUGACAUCUCCUCCAAGUACCACUAUUUGACGGAGAAUGACUUGGAAGAGAGUCCCAAGGGGGGACUCGACAUCCUCAAGUCCCUGGAGAACACAGUGACGUCGGCAAUCAACAAGGCCCAGAACGGCACCCCCAGCUGGGGGGGCUACCCCAGCAUCCACGCCGCCUACCAGCUCCCCAACAUGAUGAAGCUGUCUCUGGGCUCCGCGGGGAAGAGCGGGCCCCUGAAGCCCAUGUAUGGCAACAGCGACAUCGUGUCCCCCAGCAAGAGCCAGACCCUGGUCUCUCCACCCAGCAGCCAGACCUCCCCCAUGCCCAAGACCAACUUCCAUGCCAUGGAGGAGCUGGUGAAAAAAGUCACCGAGAAAGUUGCCAAAGUCGAGGAGAAAAUGAAGGAGCCCGAGGGCAAGCUGUCCCCGCCCAAGCGGGCCACCCCGUCCCCGUGCAGCAGCGACGUCAGCGAGCCCAUCAAGAUGGAGGCGUCUAGCGACGGGGGCUUCAAGAGCCAGGAGGACAGCCCCAGCCCCCAGCGGGAGGGCUGCAAGGACGGGAGCCCCCCUGCAGAGCCGCUGGAGAAUGGCAAGGACCUGGCGAAGCCCAUGAGCAGCAGCUUGAGCAGCAGCACGGCCAUCAUCACCGACCACCCGCCCGAACAGCCCUUCGUCAACCCUCUGAGUGCCCUCCAGUCGGUCAUGAACAUCCACCUGGGCAAGGCCGCCAAGCCCUCCCUGCCCGCCCUGGACCCCAUGAGCAUGCUGUUCAAGAUGAGCAACAGCCUGGCCGAGAAGGCGGCCGUGGCCACCCCGCCGCCCCUGCAGUCCAAGAAGGCGGACCACCUGGACCGCUAUUUCUACCACGUCAACAACGACCAGCCCAUUGACUUGACGAAAGGCAAGAGUGACAAAGGCGGCUCUUUGGGCUCCGUGCUUUUGUCACCCACGUCCACAUCCCCGGCCACCUCCUCCUCCACAGCGACCACGGCAAAGACCUCUGCCGUCGUCUCGUUCAUGUCAAGCUCGCCGCUCCGCGAGAACGCCCUGUCCGAUAUAUCGGACAUGCUGAAGAACUUGACCGAGAGCCACGCGUCCAAGUCCUCCACCCCUUCCAGCAUCUCCGAGAAGUCGGACAUGGAUGGCGCCACCCUGGAGGAGGCCGAGGAGGCGACGCCUGCGCAGAAGAGGAAGGGCCGCCAGUCUAACUGGAACCCCCAGCACCUGCUGAUCCUCCAGGCCCAGUUCGCCGCCAGCCUCCGGCAGACCUCGGAGGGCAAGUACGUCAUGUCGGACCUGAGCCCCCAGGAGCGCAUGCACAUCUCCCGGUUCACCGGGCUCUCCAUGACCACCAUCAGCCACUGGCUGGCCAACGUCAAGUACCAGCUGCGAAGGACAGGUGGAACAAAGUUCCUCAAAAACUUGGACACCGGCCACCCCGUGUUCUUUUGCAAUGACUGCGCGUCACAAAUCAGGACUCCCUCCACCUACAUCAGCCACCUCGAGUCCCACCUGGGCUUCCGGCUACGGGAUUUGUCCAAACUGUCCACUGAACAGAUUCACAAUCAGAUAGCACAAACCAAGUCACCGUCGGAAAAACUGGGGACGUCCUCCCCGGAGGAGGACCUGGGGACCUCCUACCAGUGCAAACUCUGCAAUCGGACCUUUGCGAGCAAGCAUGCGGUUAAACUUCACCUCAGCAAAACACACGGGAAGUCCCCCGAGGAUCACCUCCUGUACGUUUCCGAGCUAGAGAAGCAGUAGCGUUGGCUUUGGAUUCAGACGACUGUGAUUUGCUUGGAGGCAAACGGUUGCAGGCACCUUCAGGCCCCUCUGUCUUGUUCUUGGCACAUGUUCUCCCUUUAACUGCAGAGAAUCACACUCUGGGCUGGACUGUUUUUUGUAUAACUGUACAGUGUUUAAUAGAGGUGCAUAAUCAGCUGUUGUUACUGGUAAAAUAUGAAGGUUAAAACGCAGUGGUAAGUGUUUGGAACUUUGUGUCAAUGGGAUUUAGUUGUGAGCAUCGCCCGAUGCUUCAAGCUGCAUGCAUUAACAGACAGUUUAAUUAAGCAUUUACGACGAAAUCGGGCACACUUUUCCACACGGCUUGAGUGUGCCGGCAUUUUUUUCACCCUUUCAUCUUUAGCCCUCUGAGUACUUUGAAGCACUUUUGCAUUCAUUUGGUUAAAAAAAAAUAAAAUAAAAUAAUAAUAAUGUAUGAAGCUCUGUUUUUUAAACUCCUUACCAGCUUAGUUAUAAUUAAUAAUAUGAACCUCCAUUUAUGCAGGUCUGCAGGGGUAUAACACGCCUUGAAAUUUAAAAGAAUAUUAUUUUCACAUUGAAACAUAGAUGUAUAUAUUGUAUAGAUUUCAGACUCUCUUAUGAAAAAUGUGAUUGUGGUUAAAUGACCUUUUUUUCCUGCAUUUAUAGCAACAGUGUUUUAUGUACCUGCUAUGCUCUGGGCAGAAGCCGUGCCUAUGUAUAGUGUAUAUUUCUUUUUCUUUUUUUUUUUUUUUAAGGUCUAUGGGUUUUGUUUUUUUUUACAUGCAAACAUUGUAAAUUAUACAGAAGAUACCACAGAUAGCAUUUAUAAAGUAUACAGAAACAUUAUCUGAAAGCAAAGUAUGAUUGUUUGUUUUGCUAUACAGUACAUUUAUAUUGAUAGAGGUUCAUGUUUAAAUUAUACAUAUUUAUUAGCAUCAUAUUAUCAUUUGUUUUGAGCAGUCUGAAUAAAUGAGGCCAGGAAAUACAUCCAUGGCAGGCAUCAUAACUAUUUUGCACAUGAUGAUUUUUAAAGGUAUUUAUUAGAAAUCAAAAAAAAAAAAAACAAAAACCAAACCCGCUCAAAAUAAACUCAGUGCUCAAAGGGUUAAGUCUAUUUGAAACGGAAAAAACAAAAAAAAGAAAAAAAAAGAGAGAGAGAGAGAGAGAACUUGUACUGUAUUUCCUAAACAUUGAUAAAGCCUUUAAAAUGUUUGUACUGUAAUACUUUGCUUAAAAGUCACGAGGCAUUCUGUGACACAACCUCUUUUACUUAUUUAUAAGCCCUCUUGGUUGCUACUCCAUAUUGUAGGAUGCCUUUUUAUUUCAAUUGGUAACUUUCUGUUUUGUUCUUCCUAAUUAUUCUCCCAAGAUCCCACACUGCAGCUUUAUCUUUAGGCUUAUGAAAGGUAACCCGUGGUUACCGGCUCUCCAAGUGAUUCUGUUCUUCUCCAUUUUUGGCAGUUAAUUUGCAGAAGUAACUGACAGCUGACACCAUAUGAAAACCUAUGUAUAAAAUAUUGGCAUGUAAACAGCACAGACACUGUCACACACUCUGUGCCCUGUUUUGUUGUUGACAAUGAACCACCAUUAUGUGACUCUUCAUAUAACCCUCUUUUCUACGGCAGCAUUAAAAUUGUCUUUUUGCUAUAA